AUGAGAGGCAAAGCAUCGGUAAGCAUCGCUUUAAUUGUCAUAAAUUGCACUAACUCUUACAGCUUAACGAAUGACAAGACGGCAAUGAGUGACGCGCGAUCGGUAAGCGACUCCGAAUGUUCAAGUUGUGAGGAAGACGUGGACUCUGGGAUAGCUGAUGAACCAGCCCCACAGAGACGGGACAUUGACUGUAUGGAUUUAGCUGAAUUCUUCGCCUAUUGGUAA